UUGGACUUUGGAUACGCUAUUGACUUAGAGUCCUUAGACUUAGAGUCCGAGAUGAAAUUAACUAAAAAAUCGAAAAAAUGCCCAUUUCCUAGUAUCAGAAGUUGGACGACCAACGGAGAGAUCAGUCCUGAUCAAAAAUCUAAGUUUUAUUAUGCAGACCCUGCAGAAACCAACGCGCAAUUGAUGGUUAGAAUCUUAGAAGGUGAAUUUGUGGCACUCCUCGGUCCAAGGGCGUCGGAAAAUACAACAUCAUUGUUUCUACAUAGCUUUGCAAAACGUCGAAAUUGA